UGAAGGUUACAGUACUCUACUAUGAUUGGCUGAAUCAGAAUCCUAUAUGAGAAUGAAAAAUAAUAUUGAUACAUUCGGAAGAUGUAAAAAACAUUUCUCCACACCAUUUGAGCUGAAAGAAAAUUAAAAACGGAUCCAUUGUUGAAAAAUUGUAGAAAGAAAAUAGAGGACAAUUUGGUAGACAUAUCUGUUACCAUGGAUCAUAGAAUUAUAUACACUGAAGUGAGAACUUAUACUUACGAUGCAAAUUCUGAUAGUGAAGAAGUUUCUGAAGACUUUGAGAACAUAACCGAGUCAGUAGGGAAUGUUAGUGAUUUGGAAGGGGACACGGCCGAGCUAAAAGGUGAAGUUAGUCAGGCAGUAGCAGAUGUAAGCAAGCCGGCAGGGGAUGCUACUGAGCCAGAACGGGAUGUUAGUGAUUUGGAAGGAGAGUCGGCCGAGCUAAAAGGUGAUGUUAGUGAGGCUGUAGCGGAUGUAAUUGAGCCAGUAGGGGACACUACUGAGCUAGAACGGGAUUUUAGUGAGGCAACAGGAGUUAUUAGUGAGGCAACAGGGGAUAUUAGUGAGGCAACAGGGGAUAUUAGUGAGGCAACAGGAGUUGUUAUUGAGGCAGCAGGAUAUGUAAGUGAGGCAGUAAGUAAAGAGUUGCCACAAAGUGCAUCCAGGUCAUGGAAGGACUUUUCAGUUUGUACGAUAUCUCUGAUAGGACUAGAGAUUAUUUCAAAGUUAAACUGGCCUGGUGGUCCUGAUGCAACAACCCCAGAAAGCAAGGAGUUUUACAACAAUAAAUUGGGCAGAUUGUGGAAUAAAAGGAAAUAAAUAAAUUGUCAAUGUAUUUCUGAUGAAGCAAUGAUAGACAGAGAUUCAGAUCAAUUUAUGAUUUACUUGUUCAUUGUCACUUGUUUUGGUAACUUGCAUGUUGGAGUUGUUUUUGUCAGAUGUUAAUAAACACUGUGGGGAAUCACAUGAUCAGAAUAAUCUCAAAACAAAAGUUAUAUUUUGAAGAACAUGAAUAAAUUUCCUACCAGGAUAAGAUAUGAAAUUUAAACAUAGCCUAACAUAUCACUAAUGAAGUUGUCAAAUUAUUAUGUAGUUGACAAUAAUGAUAGAUAUCCUGUAAUUACAAACACUAAGGAAAAUAAGAAGUUUCUGUUUCUUGAAGUGUUCCAGAUAAUCAAAAAGUGAUUGUGAUUGUGAUUGAAAUCUAUAUAGUUUUAGGAAACAUCUCUGUUGUCAUAUGAUAGGCUAUAUUUUAGAUUUACAACAAAAGUUGUUUCAGUAUUAUUCCUUACUAUUCAUAAAUUUAUUUUGGUUUAGAGAUUAUUUUGAUCAUGUGAUUUCCCACAGCGAUUAAUAAGUAAACAAAUUCUUCAGGUGUGUCAUUAUAGGGGUUUGCCUUUAGAUUUGUGCUAAUUUUCCAAAAUUCAAGAAGUGCUUUCUUGUUUGUUAGUUAUUGUAAAUGAAAAGUGAAAAUAACAUGAGUUCCAAGCCAUCCUCCUUGUUUAUAGUUUGUCAUCUUCAUACGAAAGCUAUGAUUUAGUCUUAGUAGAAAUUUGAAUUAAAAUUGAAGAAGUAUAUUUGACUGCUAAUACUUGUAAAAUAGUGGCAUAACUGACUUCUAUUUCUGAUUUCAGUGUUACACUGUUUGAAACAUAUUUUUAUAAAAUUAGAUGUUGUUGAGUUUAUAUGCUUCAGUGUUGUUAUUGAUAGCUCAGAAAGUGAUCCAUUUUACUUUUUUGUUAAAAUAGUUCAAGAAAGAUCUUUUUGUUUUGCAAUGUUUUCCAUUCCCAAAAUGAUACUGAUUUAUGUAGCCUAUGUGCUUCCAACAGGCAAAAUAUAGUCACUUUAAUUAAGCCCCCUCUACAAGUGGUGGGGGUUAUAGGAAUGGUCUCCAUUCGUCCUUCUGUCCAUCCAUCAGUCCAUUCAUAACAUUUUGUGUAGACUCUGUAUCUCCUAAACCCCUUAAAUGAUUUUCAUGAAACUUGGGUCAAAUGAUCACCUCAUCCA